UCGUAUAAAUCGUUGUUUGAGUCUGCCAAAGAAUCCAGUGAAAUGGCGUCCAACAAACGAUACCUUACAAUUAUCUCGAUCGCUCAGCUUGUAAUGGCAGGUAUCCUCUUCGUUCUCGGAAUGGUAGAUCAUUUUGAGGUUCGCUACAUGUAUGCCAGUCUUAUAUUGAUGCCAAUUUGGAUUUCUCUUCUUGUCAUACCCAUUGGCAUCAUGGGAUUGGUUUUAGUCAUGAACAGAUCUACACCCUCCUCGGCUUUGAUGAGCGGCCUGAGGUCAGUGAGCAUUGCAUGUGCUGCUGUAUCAGUUCUAACCACAUUUACCUAUGCGAUGGCACUCAAUAGCGUAUUAUUCAUCAAAUAUAUGGAGGCAAAAACUGAAUACCAGGAAUCUCCAUGGUUUGCCGAUAAAGACGUUGAAAUCGAGUUCCAGAAAGAGGAAAAAACCAUGAUAGCUGUACAUGUCUUGAUUAUCAUGUGUUCCAUCCUCGAAAUUAUACUUGCCAUGGCUAGUGUCCGGACCGCCAAGGCCAUGGCUAAGGAGCCACAGGACACUCAGGCAAGCGUUGCUUAUCGUCUGGUGGCAGAGGAAGAUCUCCCUUUGUUAUUCUCGAGUUCAGAUCAAGAGGCAGCUUAGAUGGUAUCCGUUCCAUACACUGCUGUACAGACCCUGUCCCAAUCACACAUCACGCUGAAUUUCUUUAUUAAAUCACACAUCACGAAGAAUGUUUUUAACCAGUCACGCGUCUCGUGAAAAGGAGUAAGUACGCCAAGCUAAUACUGUAAGAUUUCAACCUAUCGGAUAUAUUAUCAAAAUCAUAUUGUAUCCAACGUUUUUCAGCCUGGAAUGAACUGCGUUUCACUUAUCAUAUUGCUUUUUGCCAGACAAAUAAAGACGACUUACUGGCUCCGAGACGAUUUACUCGGGCUUCGUAUCGCAAUAUCAAAUCGUACUUUUCAGGUA